AUGUACAUUUUGGAUUUACUACGAGCAAGUUUGGUUAUUCUUGAGUUGGAUUUGAAUGUGAUCAAUGAUUUGAAAGGAUUCAUAACUGAACCAUGCAUGAAAUCAGUUUCCGGAAUUGAAAUUCUUUCUGAAACUGUUACUGCUGACAAACUGUCCGUCUUCUUCGAUAACAUAGAGAAUCCGGUUAAAAACGUUCAUAUUCACUCGAAAGUUGAAGGACAAGUGUCUACAAGUAUGAACAUCUUUCGAACAUAA